AAUGCCUCUUCCAGGAUGUUUUGCGAAUGCCGUAGAACCGAUGCAGGUGGACGUGCAGCCGGAAGAUAACGAAAACAAUGAGGAGGAUUUGUACAUAGUAGAAAACCCAUCGAUAGAUUUGGAACUGCUCGCUCAUCAGUACACAGGUCUGGCGAAACUCUACCGGCUCAUCUAUGUUGCCGAUCACUGCCCAACGUUGCGCCUUGAAGCGCUUCGGAUGGCUAUCAACUACGUUACGACGACCUACAAUGUAACGCUGUACCAGCAUUUGCACAAGAAGCUGGCCGACAAUGUGGGCACGCUGUAUCUGCCCGACGUUGCCUCCCAGUCCACCGGCUCACAAGAGAUUCCCUCCUUCGACGCCACCUGGGUGGAGUCAAAGGUCAAAAAGUCCGCACUGAAGCUCGAGAAGCUGGACUGCGAUCUGAAGAACUACAAAGCCAAUUCGAUCAAAGAAAGCAUCCGCCGGGGCCACGAUGAUUUGGGCGAUCACUAUCUCAACUGUGGCGAUCUGUCGAAUGCCUUGAAAUGUUACUCUCGCGCACGGGACUACUGCACCAGUGGCAAGCAUGUGGUGAACAUGUGCCUCAACGUCAUCAAAGUGUCUAUCUACCUGCAGAACUGGUCACACGUGCUAAGCUACGUAUCGAAAGCCGAGGGAACGGCCGAAAUUGCCGAAACGUCUAAGGACAAGGAUCCAAAUCAGGCUGUGAUCACGCGGCUCAAAUGUGCCGCUGGGUUGGCCGAGUUGGCAACACGCAAGUACAAAUCGGCUGCCAAGCACUUUCUGCAGGCCAACUUCGAUCAUUGCGAGUUUCCCGAAAUGAUCUCCACCAAUAACGUGGCGAUGUACGGGGGCUUGUGCGCGCUGGCAACAUUCGACCGGCAGGAGCUGAAGCAAGUGAUUGCGAGCAGCUCGUUUAAGCUGUUCCUGGAGCUGGAGCCGCAAUUGCGCGAUAUCAUAUUCAAAUUCUACGAGUCAAAGUACGAUUCGUGCCUGAAGCUGCUGGACGAGAUUAAGGACAAUUUGCUGCUGGACAUGUACAUCGCGCCUCACGUGAAUGCGCUCUACACCCAGAUCCGCAACCGGGCGUUGGUGCAAUAUUUCAGCCCGUACAUGUCGGCCGACAUGCGAAAGAUGGCCACGGCGUUCAAUCGAUCGGUGGCAGCGCUAGAGAACGAAUUGAUGCAGCUGAUUUUGGAGGGUCAAAUACAGGCGCGCAUCGACUCGCACAACAAAAUACUGUACGCGAAGGAUGCCGAUCACCGGAGUGCCACGUUCGAGAAGGCUAUUAACGUGGGCAAGGAGUUUCAGCGGCGCACACGCAUGUUCAUCCUGCGGGCUGCGAUCUCUCGACGCCAUAUUCAUGUGAAGAAUCAACCUCGGGACAGCAGUAACCAUGGUACGGAGAUUUGUGUUCCCGCAAGUGGAUCAUCCAGCGGUGCCCUAGCGCGCAAUUGAUUAAAUCUGACCGAGCAAGACUUUUUUGUUCGCUUCAAGAGAAAAUCCAAAUAAAUCCAUCGUAUUGCUGCUACGUACGAUGCGCUACACUGGGUGUUAUCUUUGCUCUACGCUGAAUGUUACACUGGGCAACAAUUCCCGGAAAGCUUAAAGGCCAUUGGAAAUGUCAACAAAAAAAAAAACAAGUUAAAAAUCGAUUAAAGACAAACUACUUUUAAAGAAAUCCACGCGUAAAUGU